GUGCAGUAAAGAAUUCAGAAUCAGAAUCAGGUUGGAGAGAAAGCAAGUAUGAGAUUAAACCGGCAACAUGCGGAGAGACCAUACUAGUUCCAGAGAUAGUGUUGGUUGCAGUUUUGAUAUCAGAUAUCAUUGCGUAUAAAGAAAUAUUCACGGGACCGAAAACAUUAACACAUGAACCAUGGUUAGAGAACCAGGCACGUUCAUCUUCAAUGGUAGAGGCACCAAUAGUGUUAGAUAAUUCAGAAGCAGCAGGAGAAUAUUCACAGGCACCACGAUUAUCAUUGCCAGCAGCAACAGCAAU